CAGCACGCACACACGGAUGUUGGGACCGGGGCUCCCACACCCUGGGACCCACCUCCAAACCACUGGUGGAAACAGAUGUCUCUCCCCUGGGCCCUCAAGGCCACUGCACAACCUGACGGUGACUCUCCCACCUCCCUACCUUCCUAGCCAUCCCACUCCAGCUCCUCCAUCAGGGAAAAGGACAGGCUCCUUGGACUCCAAUGGGGACAUCUGGACACACAAUGGCCACUCUCCUGGGACCACCCACAAACCCCUUGGCUCCAGCCUCCCAGCUGGCUCCAACUUGCCCUUUCUAACUCCAACACCACCCACGACUGAAGUUUGAACGAGGAAGAACCUUGAGCUCGACUCGCCUCCAUUUUCCCUCCUUUGGCACCUGACAAAGAUGAGAAGGAACCCAGGACGCUGAGAGCCCGCCUCCUCCCGCUGGUGACCCCCCCCAACCCGGUGCUCCAAGCCACCUCCCCCAGAGUGAGGUCCUUCAUGUUUGUCCUCGAAGACCCAGGAGGGAACCCAGGACCCGGCCUCAAGAUUCCAGAACCCAUCCUGGAGCCGCCUGGGGGGACCUGAGCCUCAAGGCCCCAUUCCCCCUUCCAGAGAUGAGCUUCCUAGAACAAGGAGAGAACACUCCAUGGCCAUCACCGGCCAUGACCACUGGCUCAGAGAGAAGCCAUGGGAAACAGGGGGCCAAGGCCUCGAGAUGGACAAGGCAGGAGGCCUUGAAGGAAGGGGAGCUGCCGGGUCUGGGGGAAGAUCCAACAGAUCCCCAGGCCAGGCCACCUGCUGAGUACAUCGGGCUGGAGGUCACAUUCCCCAAGGCCACACAUUUGUCCCAAGCUGCUCCCUUGGCCCAGGUGGGCUCCCCACCUGCCGAGUGGGACAUUCUCCCCCCUGACGACGCAGCCUCAGCCUCGGGCUCCAGCACAGAUGAUCUGGAGCUGAACAUGGAGUCCCCAGCCACAGCGGCCUGGGGGUAUGAGCUGGGCAUGGUGGAAGAGAGGCCGGCCCUGUGCCCCUCCCCGUGGGCCCUGUUUCCCAGGCCAGGCUGGGACGAUGAGCUGCAGAAGCCGGGGGCCCAGGUCUACAUGCACUUCAUGCAGGAGCACACCUGCUACGAUGCCAUGGCGACCAGCUCCAAGCUGGUCAUCUUCGACACCACGCUGGAGAUCAAGAAGGCCUUCUUUGCCCUCGUGGCCAACGGCAUCCGGGCAGCCCCUCUGUGGGACAGCAAGAAGCAGAGCUUCGUGGGGAUGCUUACCAUCACGGAUUUCAUCUUGGUGCUGCACCGUUAUUACAGGUCCCCGCUGGUGCAGAUCUAUGAGAUUGAAGAACAUAAGAUUGAGACCUGGAGAGAGAUCUACCUUCAAGGCUGCUUCAAGCCCCUGGUCUCCAUUUCUCCCAACAGCAGCCUGUUUGAAGCUGUCUACACCCUCAUCAAGAACCGGAUCCACCGCCUGCCGGUCCUGGACCCGGUCUCGGGCGCCGUGCUCCACAUCCUUACACACAAGCGACUGCUUAAGUUCCUGCAUAUCUUUGGCUCCCUGCUGCCCCAGCCCUCCUUCCUCUCCCGCACCAUCCAAGACCUGGGCAUCGGUACGUUCCGAGACUUGGCCGUGGUGCUGGACACGGCGCCCAUCCUGACGGCACUGGACAUCUUCGUGGACCGGCGCGUGUCUGCGUUGCCUGUGGUCAAUGAAGCUGGACAGGUCGUGGGCCUCUACUCCCGCUUUGAUGUGAUUCACCUGGCUGCCCAGCAAACCUACAACCACCUAGACGUUAGUGUGGGAGAAGCACUGAGGCAGAGGACACUGUGUCUGGAGGGAGUCCUUUCCUGCCAGCCCCACGAGAGCCUGGGGGAAGUCAUCGACCGGAUUGCCCGGGAGCAGGUACACCGGCUGGUGCUAGUGGACGAGAACCAGCAUCUCCUGGGUGUGGUGUCACUCUCCGACAUCCUUCAGGCGCUGGUGCUCAGCCCUGCUGGCAUCGACGCCCUCGGUGCCUGAGAAUAUGUGAGUCCUCCCUCCCGGGCCACCUUUUUGCACGCCGAAGCCAAUGAAGGGACCCAGGGGACCCGGCCUUCAUCUUCCCCCACCCCCGUUUGCUGGUUUGGCUCUGGUUCAGGUAGGCUCUGCCCUGGGCCAUUGGCCUCAGCACAAGUCCACUGAUCUUUCGGGGCUCUUGGAUCUCAGACCGAGGAGCCUCGAGGACGGGAGUGUCCCAAUUCAUUGCUGAGGAGCCCCAUGAAAUCACCAAGUGUCAGGACUCACCGUGGGGCCCCCACUUAGUCCCCGUCGCAGCUGAGGUCAUGGAGGUCCUCAUGAGAGGGAUGGGCAGGGGCUGGGGUAAAGGCAAGGGCAGUGAUGUGAUUUCAGAUUCUCCGAGGAGACUGACCUGCCCUCUCACAACUCAAUUCCCGCCUGCUCGGAAUUCCACUGGAAGGAAGCAAGGCUUCUCCAGCCCUCCCUCAUUGCCCCUGCCCUGCCUGUGUUCCCAGAAGCCCUCACGAAUGCCCAGUGCACCGUGGGAUGGUGAAAUGGAGAACGGCUGAGUCAAGCCUGGAGAUCCACGAACCGGAAGCACUGGGAUUACCCCAGGGCCGGCUGCUCCAGUGGGGUACUCCCUCCAUUCUCAUCCUGAGCACCAGCAAACGCUGUUCUCAUUCCCCAGUGACGGCCUGGCUUUGGAUCACUGAGGAUGAACCGUCGAGAAAACACAACAAAAAAGAACCACCCAUGAACUUGAAUUGUAGAAGUUUCACUCAGAAAAUGCCAGUCAUUGGACCUGAACGUGCGGCCAGGCCUCCGAGCUUGCUGAACUCGAAGACACGAGGGAAGGUCUGUGAUGGACAAACACUACGACUGGCAUUUCUUUGGCGCACAGAGUGUUAGCCCACUGAAAUUUAUUUUUUCAUCUUUUAUUUAUAACAAAACCACAAAGAAGAUAUGAAUUAGUUAAUCACAUAGUAAAUACAACUCCGUCCACAAACUCUCA